AUGCACGCCCCCUCGAUCAGCGGGAUGCGUACCGCCAUGCUGAGCGGACGCCUCACAUCCAAGACGCUGGGCCCCUUCGCCCACCCCAGCAGCUGCACCAACCCGUUGUAUCAAGCGCUCACUCAAGCCCGGACCGCAAGCACCAACACCUCCUCCAUGCGAGUCCGCAGCACUCAGACCCUGAAGACCACCACAGCUCUGCGUCCCUCGACGACAACGCAGCUCCCCACCUCUCUGGUCCUCCGCCGCGCCAACUCCUCCGCCGCCGCCGCUGCCAAAAGCGAGGCCGUCCGUCUCGACUGGGACUCGUUCUUCAAGCUCCGCGCCAGCCGCCGCCGGUACUCGCUUGCCUCGUCGAUCGUGAGCUCCCUGUUCACCACGGUCAUUGGUGUGCAGGUUCUCUCGACGCAGGAUCUGGAGUCCCUCGGCGCGCAGGUCAUGGGUCUGGAUCCGUUUGUGGUGCUGGGUAUGGCGACGGCGGCGUGUGGUGCGGCGGGUUGGCUUGUUGGUCCGUUUGUGGGGAAUGCUGUUUGGGGGUUGGUUUAUCGGAGAUAUAAGCCUGCUGUUAUGGUGAAAGAGAAGGAAUUCUUCGACCGUAUUAGACGUUUCCGUGUCGACCCAUCGUCUAACUCCAUUGCCAACCCUGUUCCGGAUUACUAUGGUGAGAAGAUCGGUAGUGUGCAGGGUUAUCGCCAGUGGUUGAAGGAUCAGCGGGCGUAUAACCGCAAGAGACGUCAUUUCAUUGUUUAA